CCCUACACCCGAAAACCUGUCAUUUUCUCCAUUACACAUCAGGAUUCACUUCCACCCAAAUAACCGAGUGAAAAACACGUGAAACGGCGACAGAAAACUUCCACCCCGAAGAGUUUCUUUUUCAUCUUCUCCUUCUUUGUUAUCCCGCGGGUCGAAAAAAAAAGAUGAUUUUCGCGAAUUAGUGCGUACGUUUCGUUUCCCUAGUGUAAUAGUUUAGGGCUAACCAUUGCCUACAUCGAAAAGGUGAAGAAGAUGAUGCAAAAUAGUUCUGCCCAAGUGCCACAAUGGAAAUAAAUCGAAAGGAUUAGUGUCCCGACCCAAGGCGAUUUCGUUCGCCUUGCAGCACCCCUAUCAAUGUGUGCGUAACAAGAGCCUUUGCCAAUAAGUGAAAAUGUAAUGGAAAAAAUUAAAAUUCAGGAAGUUAAAACGCAUCAAAUGAAUCGAGCAAAGCAAUAAAACACCAGAAACACGGCAUCGGAAGUGUCGAAACAAAGCAGAACCCUGCAUCCUGCAGGACCUUUCGGACGGCGCAGCAGGUCAAGGAUAUUCCUCCGCUCCAGCAUACAGAGUGCGCGCGGAAGAACAAAGAAAAACGCACGGGGAAUCAGUCAAAACACGAUGAUCACCAGCAGGGGCCCACCCUCCACUGCUGGCGGUGGCCUACUGUUGUUGAUGUUCUACGGAAUCGCAGCCCUGUCCGAUCUACAGGGCAGCAUUAGUGGUGUGACGAAACAGGGACAUGCUGUAAUCCCUUCCCAUUAUAGGUUAUAGUAUAGAGAUUACCGAAAAAUAAAUGUGGUGAGUGGUGAGUGUGGUGGAAACCGUCGUCGUGGUGCAGCUGCAGACAACAACCUAGAAUGACGUCGGAUAUGUCCUCGUUCCUAGCGGAAACGAUAAAGGCAUGGCUUGCUGCCUUACUGCGAAAGUUAGUUCUCCGCUAGUGACCGAACGUGGUGCACACGUGUGUGCGUGCGUGUGUGUUUAGUUUAAUGGUGCCGGCGGUCACAGAGUGUGCCUAUACCGAAAAUCUAUAACUGCGGAAUGAGAAAUUCAUUUCCCGAGAAAAAGAGACACUGUGAUGCACAUUUGUUGCGUAAAAAUAUGCAACCAUAACACUCGUAGUGAAGAACAAAGUUUUGCUUAGGAACAGUUGCUGAAAUCGAGCCAAAAUUAAUCUACAAAUGCACAGAAAAGAUUCAGUCGUGGCGGCUCGUUUCUGCGAAGGCGGACACCGGUGCCUUCCGCCGAAGGAAUGUUGUGCCCAGGGUUGCUGCUACCUGUACGCACCACCCAGUGCCCCGCGGACACCAACUCCGGCGACGGACCACGUACUGAAUCUGUUCUUCAUCAACCACUGGUACUUCUGGUGCUUUCUGCUGGCCAUCGUGCUGGCGCUGCUUUGUGCCUGUUCCCUUUGGAAGAAACGCCGCCAGCUGUGCGGUUGGGGUUCUCCCGGUCAUCAUUCGCAGUCGGAGGGUGAUUCGGCGGGAUCCUGCUACGCACCGCCUCAAUACAGUCGGUGUAAUUCGUUUCAUAUCCAUGCACCGCCGCCGUACACUGAGGUAACCUCCAAGCCGGAUCUUUAUCCGCUGGUAUUCAGCUAUACCGGAGAUACCGCCAAAGGCGGUGGUCCUGGUGGCGGAGGAGCCAACUACCUGAUGGUGCAAUACUUCCGCAACUACAUCGUACGACCGGUGGGAUCACUGUCAGGAGCCAGUACCGUGGACUCACUUAGUUCUAGCUUUAUUUGUACGGCCAAUGAGGCAAACACGCUGAUACCUCCGCCGUACUCACGAGCGGCCAGUCCAGAUCAUUCGAUUUCGAUUCGAAACUAUGGCGGUAUGCCGCGAUCGGCCUCCCAGCAGGCUUGUACGCUGGAAGGAGCUGGUAGUGGAUUCAGACCGAAUUCGGUACCUAAUUCUAACUACUACGGGGGAUACGUCGGAGGUCACGGGUUCGUACUGCGAACUUCAGAAAGUGCCCAAUUUAAUAAUAUACUAAGUAACGGUGGUGAAGGUCGCAGUGGCGAUAGUGGUGGCAGGAGUAGCGAACAGUCCGGAAGUUCCGCGCAGAUGUCCGGUUCCCAAAGUGAUCAUUAUCGGUUUAGUGUGCACAAUAGCAACACCAAUAACAACAGUGUAGCUAGUGAAACGUCUAAUCCGUUGGGGGUAGUCUAUGCGCAGCAUCACGCAGCGCCGGCAGUGCAAUCUAGUCAUAACGAUUCGGCUGAAGACAGCCAAGAUAGUGUCCAACCAGUAGCUAGUGAUGAUAGGAGUAACGCGAACGGUAGCACGUCUACGCAUAGAAAUAGUCUGACGAAUGCCAACAUCUACAGCUCGUGCGGUUCCAUCGGUGGAAUAUCGAUAACAAUUCCGGCAAACUCGGAAUGUGGCUACCAGGAUCUGAAUGCAUUGCGGCAGAGUCUGGAGACGUGCUGUCAGAUCCUCCAGCAAAAGCAGGCUCAGUUCCGGAACUCGCACCAACAGCCUUCCUCCGGUUUCACGGCCAACAGUGAAGACUCGCCCAUUAACAUCGAACUAGCUAAGAAAUUCGAAGGACUGCGCAGUACAUACAUCGGCUCGAAUACCGGCUCCAAUGUGUCCAGUUUGGCAAAUCUGGGAACACCGGAUUCGCCACCACGAGCUACCAGCCCGACGGUAGAGGUUCGCGAACUGCUCGAACAGAUCCGACAACUACAGAACGUCAGUACAACGAAUAGUGCAAGUGAAGGGAUCAUCAUAAUAAACCCGCAAGCUCAAGCGAUCGACGGUUCGGCGAAUGUGUCGAACGGUUCGAUCAACAAUUAUAACAACAACAACAGCAAUUCCUGUAGUAUGGCAACUGCACCUCCCACGUCUAGCCACCCUCCGAGACGGCCAUCCUCGCUGGUUAGCAAGAAAAAGUUCUUCUCCAAGGUACCCUCGCAAGGAUCGUCCCUCGGAGGCCACAAAGCUUUAUACAUUCCAAUUUCAUCCAAUCAAAAUCACCCAACCGGGGAACGGGUCCGAUCGCUGUGGAGUCCUUCGGCGGCUGCUAGCGCCGCAGCCGUCGGUUUGCUAAGUCGGGGCCGUAGUCGCUGCAGCUGGAUAUCGAAAUCGGCUCCGACCACUCCGGGUACGGCACUGCCUCCUGGUGGUGGUUGCGGUGGUGCUGGAGGAGGAACCAUCGGAGAUAACAGUCCACUGUUGCUGGACGAACAGGACGAGGAUGGUGAACAGAAUGUGUAGGGUUUGGGAGGGGGAAAAUUGUGGGCCAAAAAACAUCUGUAGUGAGUAGAGCGUUUUUGCGAAUCGUUUUUUAGUGAGUUACCUAACGGCUUGAGGAGAAGGGCGGCUUUUCAUGCUUUUCGUAGCCGGUGCUUUCGGCGGUUAGUUCUGGGAUGGGAGAUGGUAUUAGUCAGUUGGCUUUGAAGAUGUGUCAAAAGUACUUUGAAAGAAGAACAAUCAGUUCGUUUACCAUGGAAUGCUGUCGCGGAAGAAGACUACCCACUUAUUUUAAACAUGUCAAAAAAGAUUUUUAAGCUUUUGUUAGGGGAAUGGGAGACGAUUUCAAGUGAAACACCAUUAACAGGACAAAAAUUAUCUUGAACUAUGUGAUUCCCCGGCAAUGCAAAUUACUCACGAUUAUCCCUGCGCUUCAUUAUUGCAACCAUUGAGAUAUCUGACGUUUAAAAUUCGAACACUGAGAUCUCGCUUUCUAUACUAAUUACUACCGCCUACAGACACUUUAUACACAGACUUGUGGAGACAAAAACAGUGAAACUAGCAACCAUGAAUAUUCACAGAUAUUUUCUCUUGACGGGGUUAGUUGUCUAUUCGGUUGAGCGGGGUCGUGAAAGACCUCUCCAGCACCCGGCCGGGGUGUGGCAGAGGACUCACGGUUAGUUGGUCUUCACUUCGGUGGUGACUGUGGUUGUUUCAGGUUGGAUCGUCGCUUCUGUUGGUGGGGAGACCAGCUUCAAGGGGUCCGCUGGCCCAAAGGGCCAUGGACGACCUCUCCAGCUCAGCAAGGGUGUGGCAGAGGGUCUAUUGAUAGUGUGGUUGUGGUGUUCCUCUGUUGAGAUGCCUUCGAGGGUUUGGCCCAAUUGAUCUGGGCCGUGUUGGUGGCUGGUGGAGAUUUGCUGGAAGAGAAUUUCGGUUUAUGGUGGUCUUGCUGGGCCAUAAGCGGCCCCUCCAUUGCCGGUGCAUGACGUGGCAGAGAGCCCAUUGCUGGCGCGACUGUGGUUGUUCCAGGUUGGUUCAUCGCUUCUGUGAGUGUGGAGACCGGCUGCAAGGGGUCAUGGGCGACCACUACAGCGCCGCAAGGGUGUGACAGUGGGCCUAUAGAUUGCGUGGUUGUGGUGUGCCUCUGCUGAAAUGUCUACGAGGGUUCGGUUUUACUGAAUGGAUCCUGUUGUUGGUUGGUGGGGAUUUGCUGGAAGAGACUUUCUGUUUAUGGUGGUCUUGCAGGGCCAUGGGAAAUUGAGAGGGCCGUUGCGUGGCGUGGCAGAGGGCCCAUCACUGGCGUGAUCCGCGAUAGUGGUCGAAUUGAUUGUAGUUGACUGGUGAGGGUCGUGGAAACCUCUACAUUAGCCGGCCGGUAUGGCAAAGGACCUACGUUUGGCCUGGUUGAUCCAGAUGCGGUCGUAUAGCCGGGCGUCCUUUAAAAAUAGAAGAAGUACUUCCUCCCAGACUGGCUUGUUGGACAGCCCGUCUCGAAUUGAAUUGGUCAGAUCAUACUGCCGCUGGAGGUCCUCGAGUUCCCCCGGCAGUUGCGUACGAGGUGCUCAACAUAGAGUCGGGUGUUGCAUGUGGUACAUUCCGGCGUUGGUUCCCUAGAGAUGGCGUGGGCGUGAGUAACCACACGGAAUCGGGAGAGUAUUCGUUGUUAUUUCAAACUGGCUCGGUCAAAUCCCUUGAUUCUUCUGUGUGUAGCCUCGGGAUCUCCGCCGGUGAUUAGUGAAUCCGUUCCGCAGGAUCAUGUUGAAUUCUCUAUACAUGUUGAUUAAUGGUAUUUCUUUUGGUAGUCGGGCUCGGGCAUGUCUGCCGUGUAAGGCUAGCCGAUGGGCAUCUAUGUUUCCUCUGAUGCCGCUGUGGCCAGGGAUCCAACACAGUGGAAUCUGUAGGCUUCGGUAGGACUCGAUGGUCUGUACGAAUGGGUGGGUUAAAGCUCCUGAUGCCGUUUCCCGGGGGGCUGACAAGGAGUCGGUUAAAAUUACAGCUGGUUCAUCCGCGUCUCUUGGCCAUUGCCACUGCGAUGACUGCAGCUUCCGCUGUGAAGAUUGAGCAAGAGGAUGGAAGGCGUCAGCUGAUACCCGCUCCGACGCCGUCGUCCGCCUCAGAACCGUCGGUGUAUGAUUUAAUGUGUUGUUAGUAUUUCCGGUUGAUGAGGUUAUAUUUUGGUAUGAUACGGAGUGUCUCCAGCCUGCCAAUGUUAGGUCCAGGGUCGAGCCAGACUCGUGGUUUUAUGCGAUGUAGUCGGGCAAUGGUUGAGAGGAGUUUCUUAGUGAAGUCCAGGUGAAUGAGGAGGUGGCAUUCGUCGCCCGCUGUCCUCAGGAACCGGUGAGAAAAAUUAGUACCCGUUUGAGGACUACUCUAGCUACUUCUCAGCGGCCAGGGUAGUCCUCCGGGCUCGACACAGGUUGCUCCGGCGGGCGUGCUUGCUAGUUGUCCGCAGGCUAACCACACCGCUCCGUGGUAUAGGGGCCCGAUGAUGGUGGAGAGCCUAUCUAUGUUUCGGCGCGUGAAUUCGAACCCGUAAAAAAUUUUGCUGCUUAUUAGGAAUCGUCCGAUGUUGAGUGCCGGUCUACGGUUGUUUCUGGGGUGACGGGAGCAGAUAGUGCAGAUCAGACGCUUUCUGCUUUCGCAUUCUUUUUUGAUUCGUCGGAUGAAUUUCCUGACGAUUGUGACUCCGAGAAUAACUGGUUCCCUCCGAAAGGGUAUCAUGGUGUCGUUGAGGUGGAUUAGCCUGGAGUUCGCUAGUUGGUGCGGUGGGUGAUGGUGCAUAUUUUCGGCGUAUAUGUUAAAUCCUGUUGCGAGUGCCCAUCGGCUGACGGCGUUGACGGCUGCCUGUAGCGAUAUCCGGGGACGUGCGAUGCUUUUCCCCAGGGCCACCAGGAUGAUGUCGUCGGCGUAAACGGACAGGUAUAUCCCACCGGGUAGCGCUGCGAAGAGCGAGUUCAUACUGAUGAGAAAUAACGUCACGGCAAAAACUGAGCCUUGCGGCACUCCGUUGGUCUCCCAGUACACCUGGGAUAGGGAGCCGCCUAUACAGACCUGGAUGAUGAGGUAGUUCUGGAUGAAGGUGUCGAGGUUUCCCUGCAUACCCCAUCGUUUGAGGUCUUGGAGCACGCCUUUUCGCCACUCUGUGUAGUAUGCUUUUGCUACAUAUAGAAUUACGGCCUUUUCCAGUAUUUCCUCGACGGAUCCUAGGUGGGCUCCAGUACCGAGUUCGGAAGGCAAACUGGCGUGGGUCAAGGAGUUUGAGGUCUCUCGGCCACGUAGUCAGUCGUCUGUUGACUAUUCUUCCCAGGGUUUUGACGGUGCAUGACAGCACGCUGAUUGGCCGGAAGUCGUUAGUGGUACGGGUGUUCUGGUAAUUUUUGGGCAUGAGGAGUACGUGGGCCAGUUUCCAUUCUUCUGGGAAGGUCCCAUGUUCCCAGAUUGCGUUGAAGGAGUCCAGGAGGGCUCUUUUGCCGCCGGUAGGAAGGUGUCGGGAUCAUCGGGUAUCCUACCCAGUCGGGGACAUCGGAUUUUCUGUGCGUGAUGAUGAGGGUGGCGGCGAGUUCCAUUCCAGUGAAAGGUUUAUUGUAGGAGUUGGAAGUAAAGCUGGUCGGCGAGGCUUGCAGUCUCCUAUCUUCACUAAACGAAAGCAGCGGGCAGGGUUUCAUCGGGGGAUAAGAAUUGAAAGUGGCGUCCCAUUCUGUCAGUUAUUUCCCUGGGUAUCAGUGAAGCUAGUGUUGUUGACCGAUAGGGAGUAGCCGGUUUGUCGGCGUUUUCCGCUGAGCGCGUUUACUCGUCUCCACAGUUCGGCAGUUGUGGAGUCCGGGUGGAUGCCGUCGACCAAGUUGUUCCAUCUGUUUUGCUCGGCUGUUAUGAUCGUUUUUCUUGCGGCGUUCAGUAUUGUCCUUAAGUAGUUCGCCCUUGGGUCCCGGUGCUCGGUGUUUUUAAAGGAGGGUGAGCGCUUUCCGACGCGCUUUGAUGGCGGCGGCGACUUCCGGACUCCACCAGUAAACGGCUCGGUGUGAUGGUGCUCCGCUGGUUCGAGGGAUACUUUCCCCUGCUGCGUUGGCCAUAAUGUUUGAGAGGUCAGUCUGCGGGUAUAUUCGGUCUCGGUCCAGUAGGUUUGCUAUCGAUCCUUCAUAGGCGUCCUAGUCAGCACUGUCGUAGAGCCAGCGUCUUCGCCGGGUCGUGUUUGGUGGCGGCGGUUGAUGAUGGAUGGGGAAGUGGUCGCUUGCGCCGAUGACGUUGGCCGUGAACCAGCCACACCUCCCGGUGAUGGAUCUGGAGGCGAAUGUGACGGAGGUGCUACCCCGUAUGAAGUUGGUGCUGCCGUCUUUCAGUAUGACUCCGUCGACUUCUUCGAUGUGUCGGAUGAUUUCGUUGCCUUUAUAACAACAUUUGUCCGAGCCCCAGGCCGUGUGGUGGGUGUUUAAGUCUGGUUUAUCAGGACAGACUAUGGAACAGCCAACGGAGUAGGAUAUUUCCCUUGCGGCCGCGACAUGUUAGUGGUAAAUGCGUUGAUAAUAGCUCAGCCUUGUUGACCAGACCGAUGGUUUGGUAGAUGUUUUCGCCUCUCGCCAUCUCCCACUCGUGUCUGUUACCGACCCAUGCGGCGGGUCAGUACCUGGGUGAAGGUUCGUUUCCUGGAUGGCGAGGCAGAGUGUUUCCGUGCGGGGGAUGAUGUUUUGCAGGUCUCCGAUGUUGUUUCUUAAUCCGUUGAUGUUCCACUGGAUUGCCAAAGUGAAAUAUCCUGGAGCUGGGUUGCUUUUUGUUGAGCGGUUGUGCCGUGGCGAGCCCAAUGCGUUUGUUCAACAAACGCCAAACAUUCAUAGCUGGGCGUUGCUGUCGCGUCAACUUGUUCGAAUGUUAUAUUAUAUUUCCUGAUUAUACAUCAUAUUAACAUGAUUUAAUCUGUUCCACAAUAUUCAGCCGUCACUCGGUCAGUUGCUGCUUGUCUCCAACCUCUCAGGUGCCACCGGCAACGCUGCGCUACUCUCCGUCCUGUACCUGCCGGGUUGGAGGUGAAAACCAACUUAGUGGGGUAGUUGUCCGGCAUCCUCACAACAUGCCCCGCCCACCGUAUCCUUCCAGCUUGAACUACUUUCCGGAUACUUGGCUCACCAUAGAGUCGCGCAAGUUCGUGGUUUAUCCUUCUCCUCCACACGCUAUCCUCCUGCACACCAACGAAGAUCGUUCUCAGCACCCUUCUUUCGAAGACUUCGAGUGCUUGCAGAUCCUCCUCGAGCAUUGUCCACGUUUCGUGCCCGUAGAGAACCACCGGUCUAAUCGGUGUGUUGUACAUGGCGCAUUUCGUACGGUGCUAAAGCUUCCUGGAUCUUAAAGUUUUGUGGAGCCCAUAGUAAGCACGACUUCCAGAGACAAUACGCCUUCUGAUCUCCCGGCUGGUGUUAUUGUCCGCAGUCACCAAUGAGCCUAGAUAGAUGAACUCGUCAGUCACCUCGAACUCGUCGCCGUAGAUCGUAAUACUACUGCCCAAGUGUUCCCUAUCGCGAUUGGUUCCGCCAGCCAGCAUGUACUUCGUCUUAGACACAUUCAUCUUCAGUCCUACUCGUGCUACUUCACGCUUCAGUCGGGUAUACAGAUCUGCUACCGUCUCCUUGUUUCUACCGAUUAUGUCCACGUCGUCAGCGAAGCACACGAACUGUCCGGACCUCGUGGAAAUCGUGCCCCACGUGUUGAACCCGCUCUUCGCAUUACACCUUCCAGCGCUAUAUUGAACAGCAGGCAGUAAAACCCAUCGCCUUGUCUUAGUCCCCUGCGUGUUUCAAACGGACCCGAGAGGCCGCCCGAAAUUUUGACACAACACCUCACACCAUCCAUCGCAGCCUUAAUCAGUCUUGUCAGCUUCCCAGGGAAGCCGUUCUCGUCCAUCAUUUUCCAUAGCUCUACACGGUCCACCGUGUCAUAUGCGGCUUUAAAGUCGAUAAACAGGUGAUGUGUCGGGACCUGGUAUUCACGGCAUUUUUGGAGGAUUUGCCGUAUAGUAAAGAUUUGGUCGUUUGUUGAUCUGUCGUUGAUGAAACCGGCCUGAUAACUCCCGACAAAUCCAUUUACCAGCGGUGAUAGGCGCCGGAACAGAAUCUGGGAUAGCACUUUGUACGCGGCAUUUGUCACAGUGUUCGCUCUGUAAUUUUCACAGUCCAAUUUGUCGCCUUUCUUGUAUAUCGUGGUGAUGACCCCUUCCUUCCACUCCUCCGGUAGCUGUUCUCUGUCCCAGAUUCUUUCGAUUAUUCGGUGUAUGCUUUCCGUCAGUUUCUUUGGACCCACCUUGAAGAAUUCCGCUCCUAGACCAUCCUUAUCAGCUGCCUUGUUGUUCUUGAGCUGUUGAAUAGCCUCGAAUGCCCGAUUGUCCAUGUUCGAACUGGGAAUAGGAUUUUAGCAGAAGUGUCAAUGAAUUCAAUAUGCUUACAUUUAGUUUGUUCUCAGUUCGAACAAAUUCUCCCGUCGCCUCAACAAAUUUGCUGCUGGUUUGACAAUUAUCCGUCACUCAGAUUUCCGCUUCAUUGACAUCGGUCACAUCGACGUCAGUUGGGUAAGUGGUACAGUGGUGCCAGAACGUAAGAAAAUUGCGAAAAAAGAUAAAAUUGGUCGCAAUUUAACACGUAAAAAGCUGGAUAAGGCAUUUCAUUAGACAUUUGUCAUCAACUGGUUCCUUUUGUUUAUCUCUUCCGACGUUUCUCGGUAUUGCUAACAACUGAAGUUGCUAGAUAUCCAGUAACUAAAUCAUCGAAUCGACACAACAUUCAACUAAGCAUGUCCGCCGAAUGAAUUUUUAACCAGAGGAAAGAUCCAACAGUAAACGAUGAAAACUUGAGGAAAACACAUGAGCGGUUAAGCUGUGAAUUGCUAAACUCCACUGUGAGCUGGUAAACAAAUAAAUAAACCUCUCCUGGAAUGUCAUAGAAUUCGGUUCUACAUUGUCUGCGAAACCAAUUUCGAAGGUGUCAGCCGGUAAUUCCGGACGAAAGCACUCAUCUACCAGAUCUACCAGCCAGAAUCGAUUAUUAGUCGUGCAAAAAGUCCCGGUCAAAUCCAUACGGCUUUCGAAUCAGAAUGGGUUGGUUUGACUGGCGUAUAGUGAUGGUUGUACAUAGAAUAACAACAACAGCAGUCCGAAUCAAAACCAUUUUCAAUAAAAACAAAGUAGCUUGUUAGUCGAAUGCAAAUAAUCGUGCGCGAAAGCCUUCUUUGAUCUGACAGCAUGUGAUAGUCCUUCGUGUUGGUAGUUGACAGUAUUUCACAACGGUUUACAAUACAACUGAAUGAAACAACGCAAUUUUACUAACGGAAUCAUUUUCGACGGCAAUCGAAAUUUUGUUUGAGGACCAUAAUUAUCGAUACACACACACACACAUAGAGGUGAAUAAACAUAACACGAAAAUAACGCAGACAACAAAAGCUAACUGUGAAUGCAGAAUGCAAGUGAGGUAAACUAUCAAAUUUAACGAUGCUAAAAUUUACAGAAGUACUCAUCGACACGAAAAUGCAAAACGGCUUAAAAUUAUUUAACCAAAACGCAAUAGAACAAUGAAUAACAAUAAAACACACA